AUGCUGGUCGGCCUGCUGUCCGCCGUGCUGCUGCACGCCGGCGCGUGCGGCGGGCAGCACGGCGGCGUGUCGGUGCCGGAGCACGGCUUCUGCCAGCCCAUCUCCAUCCCGCUGUGCACGGACAUCGCCUACAACGAGACCAUCAUGCCCAACCUGCUGGGCCACACCAACCAGGAGGACGCGGGGCUGGAGGUGCACCAGUUCUACCCGCUGGUCAAGGUGCAGUGCUCCCCGGACCUCAAGUUCUUCCUCUGCUCCAUGUACGCGCCGGUGUGCACGGUGCUGGAGCAGGCGCUGCCGCCGUGCCGCUCCCUGUGCGAGCGCGCGCGCCAGGGCUGCGAGGCGCUCAUGAACAAGUUCGGCUUCCAGUGGCCCGACAGCCUGGCGUGCGAGAGCUUCCCGGUGCACGGCGCCGGCGAGCUGUGCGUGGGCCAGAACAUGUCGGACCGCUCCGAGCCCGACGGCCCGGACCUGCGCUACCCCACCGCGCGCACGCACGCGGACUCGGGCGGCCACUUCCGGUGCCCGGCCUCGUUGCAGGUGCCCCCCUACCUGAACUACCGCUUCCUGGGCCAGGAGAACUGCGGGGCGCCGUGCGCCGCCAUGUACUUCAGCCCGGAGGAGCGGCGGUUCUCGCGGGUCUGGAUCGGGAUCUGGUCCGUGCUGUGCUGCGCCUCGUCCCUCUUCACGGUGCUGACCUACCUGGUGGACACGCGGCGCUUCAGCUACCCGGAGCGGCCCAUCGUCUUCCUGUCGGGCUGCUACAGCAUGGUGUCGCUGGCCUACAUCGCCGGCUUCCUGCUGGAGGACCGGGUGGCGUGCAACGACGGCUUCGACGGCGGCGUGCGCACCGUGGUGCAGGGCACCAAGAAGGAGGGCUGCACCGUGCUCUUCAUGAUGCUCUACUUCUUCGGCAUGGCCAGCUCCGUCUGGUGGGUGGUCCUGGCCCUCACCUGGUUCCUGGCGGCGGGGAUGAAGUGGGGCCACGAGGCCAUCGAGGCCAACUCGCAGUACUUCCACCUGGCGGCCUGGGCCGUCCCCGCCGUCAAGACCAUCGGCGUGCUGGCGGUGGGCCAGGUGGACGGCGACGUGCUGAGCGGCGUGUGCUUCGUGGGCCUCAGCAGCGUGGACGCCCUGCGGGGCUUCGUGCUGGCGCCGCUCUUCGUCUACCUGUUCGUGGGAACCUCCUUCCUGCUGGCCGGCUUCGUGUCGCUGUUCCGGAUCAGGACCAUCAUGAAGCACGACGGCACCAAGACGGAGAAGCUGGAGAAGCUGAUGGUGCGCAUCGGGGUGUUCAGCGUGCUGUACACCGUGCCCGCCACCGUCGUCAUCGCCUGCUACUUCUACGAGCAGGCCUCCCGGGAGCACUGGGAGCGGACCUGGAUCGGCCGGACCUGCAAGGCCUACGCCGUGCCCUGCCCGGCCCGGAGCCGGCCCGACGCCAGCCCGGACUUCACCGUCUUCAUGAUCAAGUAUCUGAUGACGCUCGUCGUGGGGAUCACCUCCGGGUUCUGGAUCUGGUCCGGGAAGACCCUGAACUCCUGGAGGAGGUUUUACAGCCGACUGGCCCACAGCAAGCAGGGAGAGACCACCGUGUGACCAGAGACCACCUCCUGGAGGGUGAGACCUCCUCCUGGAGGGUGAGACCACCUCCUGGAGGGUGAGACCUCCUCCUGGAGGGUGAGACCACCUCCUGGAGGGUGAGACCUCCUCCUGGAGGGUGAGACCACCUCCUGG